GCGAGGGGCAGGGGUAAGAGUAGCUGGAGGUGGGUGGGAGGGUGUGAAAGAACAUCCCAGUGAGACUCGACCCUUACUGUUACACCGCAGCAACCAUCUCCAACCCCGCCCUGCAGAACCAGCAUAUGCAUGGGGCGUACAUGGAUAGGUCUUGCAGAAGUUGAGCUACCCAAAUUUAGGAUUAAUAGAAAAUACUAAUACAAUACGCAACCCAAAAACUAAAUAAAGCUGGUGACAGUGAUGGUGGGUGGGCGUUCGAAAGGAGGUGUCUACUACUAGCCCUCUCUGCAGCAAUUACUGUAUACCCUCCCUAUCCCAUUCCUAUUCCAUUUCUAAUCCUCAGCUCUUGCUGCGCUGACGAUGCCGCCCCCCGCCUACCCCUGGGCCAACGCCGCCCCCUCCUCCCGCUCUCCCCCGACACAACAGCCCGCCCCCAACACCAGCGCUCAGAGUCCGAGGUCAUCGCCGCCUCUGCCCUCCGCCAGCCCUCGACCUUCCACCGCUCAAAAGCCUCUACCCCUCCCGCCCAGGGAUCCCCUUCAGGCUUGCGCUCUCGCCCCUCCCCCCGCAAAGACAAGGGCACCCACGUCCUCACCAAACCCAACUCUUCACCCAACCUCUCUGUCCCCUCCAGCGCGCGAGACUCGACCGUGCGCCAUGUAUCCCACUCGUCUGGCGCAGAGCGGAUCAUCAAGGGGACAAGCCGCUGGCUGCGUGACAAGCUGGAUAUGGGCGGGGCAGAAAAGAAGGAGGAUGGUUGGUUGAUCUUGGACUUGCACUCGCCGUCCGUCGCGAGCGAAUCGACCAACAGUCGCGCUGUGCCAGCCUACGACCACCGUGGGUAUCCCACUCGCCAAGCCUCGUUCGAGACGACUCGUCCUGUUGCUGGACCGCCCACCCCGAAAUCUCCUACCGGCCCGCUCGUCUCUGAUCCCGAGAUCAAAAACUACCCCUCCGACUCUCACAACGGCAGACACCCCCAAGGCUCUCUCGGCUACUCGCACAAAGCCAGCCUCUCCCCACUCGCCGCCCACUUUCCCGUCGGUCUCUCGGCUUUGGACAUUUCUGCCGGCUCAGACUUUUUCCCAGGCGGCCAUUCCAACCUCAGCAACCGCACCUUUGGGAGCGGGCCGAGUCUGGCACCGAGCAUCUACGAGUCUUCUAUGCGCAGUCAUGCUUCUUUCUCAAGCUUCCAGGACAGCGAUAUGGAUAGUGUCACACAGCUGCGAGCGGAUGACCCGUUCACGAGAGCCAUGGGGCUGGGCGCAGGCAUCAACGGGGAAAAGGAGAGGAGAGAGAGGAAUGAACUGCAAUCAAUGUAUACCCUCAAGAGCUUGAGGUUAGGGCCAAAGCAAAAGAAGCGGGAGAACAGCAAGCUGCAUGAUCUGUUGCCAUUUCACAUCGAUCCUUCGCAAUGGCACCAUAUGGAUCCAGAAGAAGACGACUCGCUACACCAUCCUGACGACAUGGACAAGCACGAUACGGUCUACUUUUCCAAACGCGGUCUUGCCAACCUCGGCUGUCUACUCUUCUUGUUCUUAACAGUCGUCAUGAUCUUUGCCGGCUACCCUGUCAUCACCUACUAUUACCACCCGAACCACAUGGACAAUAACGGUGCCUACAACCUCGGCGGUAUCAACGCAACAGGCCAAGUCCCAAGCAUCACCAACUUUUUCCAGCUCAUCGACCCCGAGACACCCCCAGAGGCGUACACGCAUACGAGCGCAGAGACGGGCGAAGAGUGGGAGUUGGUGUUUUCGGACGAGUUUAAUCAGGAGGGGAGGACUUUUAAUCCUGGCGAUGAUCCGUUCUGGGAAGCUGUGGAUUUGCACUAUUGGCAGACAAAUAAUUUGGAAUGGUAUGACCCUAAGCGUGUGACGACCAAGGACGGCAAGCUGGUUAUCACUUUGGACAAGAUUGUCAGUCACGGGAUGAACUUUGAAGGCGGCAUGAUGUCAAGCUGGAACCAGUUUUGCUUUAGCGGUGGGUACGUCGAAGCAUCGGUCUCGCUUCCUGGUACAAACGAUAUCCCUGGCCUCUGGCCUGCUAUCUGGACCAUGGGCAAUCUCGGACGUGCCGGCUAUGGCGGGACGCUAGAUGGUACUUGGCCAUACAGCUACGACACUUGCGACGUCGGUACUCUUCCCAAUCAAACCCUGAACGGCAAACCCGAAACAUCUCUCACGAACGGCGAUCCCAACAACGGCGACGAACUCUCUUACCUCCCCGGCCAGCGAUUGUCGAGCUGCACGUGCGAGGAUGAUCCGCAUCAUCCUGGGCCAAAGCAUGAAGAUGGGACGUGGGUGGGCAGGUCGGCGCCGGAGAUUGAUAUGUUUGAAGCUACUAUUGAUGAUGGGAAAGGAAAAGUGUCUCAAUCGGGUCAAUGGGCGCCUUUCAGUUCACAUUACUAUUUCAAGAACACGUCCGACAAGUAUUACAAGGUUUAUGAUGAGGAUGAGACCAAGGUGAAUACCUAUUUGGGGAGUGUUUAUCAGCAGGCUACUUCGGCUUUGAGUAUGACGAAACAAGACUGCUACACCAACGAAAAGGGAUGUUUCGAGUCCUAUGGGUUCGAAUACAAAGGAGGCCCGGACGGGUAUAUCACAUGGAUCAACGAUGACAAGAAAGCUUGGACUAUUCGUGGACCUGCCAUGGGCCCCGAUGAAGAAGCCCAAGUCGGUCAGAGGCUCGUCCCGGACGAGCCAAUGUAUAUCAUCCUCAAUUUUGGUCUCUCGGAGAACUUUGGUGCUAUCCACUUUGUGGGGCUGGAUCCGCUAUGGCCUAUCACUAUGGAGGUCGAUUACGUCCGAGUAUAUCGUGCGUGCUUCUUUGUGACGUGGAGGACGGGUGCUGACGCCAGUGACAGAGGACCCGAAGAAGAGAAACAUCGGGUGCGAUCCUGCGGAUAGGCCAACUGCUGCAUAUAUCGCGCAGUGAGUCUAAACGCGUCUGCAUCCAGCGGAACAUUUGCUGACCACUGCGAUAGAUUCCCUGAGGCAUACUCGAACCCUAAUAUCGUAAGUACUCAGCUCCUCAAGACAGGAUGAAGAUCUGACCCAGAGUGUAGACGGUGUUUGGUGACGUCCCUGGCGCCGUCUGGCCGGAGAACCGACUGGUAGAUGAUUGUUGAGCAAACCGUUCCAACAUCUCGGCUCUCUAAGGCUUUCUUUUUGGGCAUCAGAGCGUUCUUUUCAUCCUGUACUAUACUCACUUUCCUCAUUAUCACGCUUGGAGAGGGCUUCAUUUCUCUCGAGCUCUGGACAAUUCAUUCCAUCAUUUGUAGCACGACUCAGACACGACAUCAUACAUGGAAGCAUGAAUCUACAAGUAGUUUCU